UCGACUUCAAUGGUCUCCGACAAUAUCUUGUUUCUCCGAACGCCUGACUCCCCAGAUCGCUACGAGACGACCUUUUCGUCAACAGGCUAUACCACUGCUUCAGUCUCUGUGCUUGAAACCGCGUUCGUGAAUGGGGAAUCGCUUACUCAGCUUAUGCGUAGAGGGUCUGAGCAUAGUGGAGUUAUUAUCACCAGCGGGCGCGGCUGUGAUGCUUGGGACAAUGCAAUCCGCGAGCUACAAACUGCCUUCAGUGACCUAAACGAUCUCCACUGGAGGACAAUACCAUUCUACGUGGUGGGCAAAUCCAGCGCAAGCAAACUCAUCCACACUCGGUCUUCUUACCCGGACUCUCCAUUUGCGCCGCUUGACAUUCGCGGAGAAUCAACAGGCAACAGUGAACAACUCGCCCAGUUCAUCACCGCCGACUUUUCAUCUCCUCCUUCGACACCACUGCUCUACCUCACUGGAGACAAGAACCGUGACACAUUACAGGAAUUUCUACACGCCAAAGGCUUCCAACUCUCGUCCUUCCAGGUCUAUCAGACUCAAGGCUCCUCGACUUUUGCUCAAGACCUCAAGCUGGUCGUCGAAAAGUUAUCAAAUGGCAAUAUAUGGUGGAUCGUAUUUUUCGCGCCGUCAGCCGCCGCAUUUGUAGUGCCGUUUCUACGAGAACAUUUCGAGUUGCCCUCUCGAACAGCGAGAGUUGCGGCAAUUGGCCCGACUACUUUCAACUUCCUCCAACAAGAACUUGGUAUCAAAGUGGAUGCGGUGGCCAGAAAACCCACUCCGGACAGUCUCCUCGCCGCCAUUUCAGAUGCUAGUCCAAUCGAUUCGUGA